AUGAAAGGCUUACCGCCUCAAAACGAAUAUAUUGAACAGCACAUUAAGCAGCAUGGUAAAAGACUAGACCAUGAAGAAAGAAAGAGAAAGAAGGAAGCGCGUGAGGGCCACAGAAUCUCCAAGGAUGCCCAGACCUUGAAGGGUUGGAGAGGUAAGCAAUUUGCCAAGAAGCGUUACGCGGAGAAGGUUGCCAUGAAGAAGAAGAUUAGAGCCCACGAAGAAUCCAAGGUUAGGGGCCCAGCCAAGCCAAAUGACGAGGACGGUGAGGCCUUGCCGACCUACUUGUUAGACCGUAAGGACAUCAAUACCGCGAAGGCCAUUUCUACCUCCAUCAAGCAGAAGAGAUUGGAGAAGGCUGAUAAGUUUUCGGUUCCAUUGCCAAAGGUCAGAGGUAUUUCCGAAGAGGAGAUGUUCAAGGUCAUCAAGACCGGUACCAAGAAGUCCAAGUCCUGGAAGAGAAUGAUUACCAAGCACACUUUUGUCGGUGAGGGUUUCACCAGAAGACCAGUGAAGAUGGAAAGAAUCAUCAGACCAGCCGCCUUGAGACAGAAGAAGGCCAAUGUCACCCACCCAGAGUUGAAGGUGACUGUCUUCCUCCCAAUCUUGAGUGUCAAGAAGAACCCGCAGUCUCCGAUGUACACCCAGUUGGGAGUCUUGACCAAGGGUACUAUCAUCGAGGUUAACGUUUCCGAAUUGGGGUUGGUUACCGCCGGUGGUAAGGUUGUUUGGGGUAAGUACGCCCAGAUCACCAACGAGCCAGACAGAGAUGGCUGUGUCAACGCCGUUCUUUUGGUCUAA